GCUCAUGUGGGUAGUCUCUGGCCAAGUGAGCCAAGAAACCAAAUUCGCUUGAGCCUUGUGAGGAACCAGCUGAGUUACUCCACUUUUCUUCUCUUUGUCCGUCCAUGUUUCACGCACUGACAACGAACCAGCACUGAAUAUAAAACCAGGAACAGGUGCAGACUACACAGGCGGCCUUCAAAGAAGACAAGACAAAGACCCAAUUGGGAGAUUGAGAUUUGAGACAGAAUGGCCAGCGCCAGCGGAGCUGCCAAUGGAUUGCUCCAGACCAUCUUCUCAGGCUGCAUAGCUGAGUGCAACACAGAGAUCGAAAGGCGGCCUUACCAUCGCAACUGCGGCUGCGCGCUGCACAAGUCUAGACGUGAGUGCUCCAAGGGGUUGUCCCGGAGUGGGACGGUAUCCUACCCCAUCAGACGGGCUUGGAGCGAGAGUUGCUUGGCCCUUGCAGCUGCUUCUAACCAGUCUUCUCCCUCUCCCACUUCACCUGCUAAUGUACCUUCAAGAAAGGAGGGGACUCACUCAGGAUUUCGUAAAGAUAGCAGAGUUGAAUGGGAGGCUUGAUUUGCUGGAUAGGAGCUUACUUUUGUUUUUUGUUUUUGCUUUUCAGAUUCGUUUCAGUCAAAUUUUAAAAGCUAGACCACCCAACUACCCAAGUUUUCUUCUCUGGUAUUAUUUUCUUAGUUUCCUUUUUUGUUUUUGAGUCCUUUACCCCUUGGCAACACAGAACGAGAUGUUUAACUUGA